AUGGGUCCCUCCCGACCCGAGGACCAGGCGGGCGAGGAACAGCAGCAGCCGCCUUCUCAGCAGCCCUCUCAGCAGUCGACCCCCUCGCUCUCCGGCAGCCAAGAUGCUGCCCGGCUGAGACCCGAGGGAUACGGAUCGAUACAGAACCCAACUCCGUCUGGCAGCCGCACUCCCCAGCCACCCACCACUCCCCGACCUUCGGGGACGCGACCGACACAGCCGCCCGCAUCUCCCCAGAUCCCUUCCUACAACAGGAGCGCUUCGUACAGCCGGUCGAGAAAGCCUCCUCUGACGCGCAGGAUGUCCACCAAGACGCCCCACCGCGGCGCCGUCUUCUCGGCCGACGAUGAUCAGGACGAGGUCGAGGCCGACGUCGUUGCCGAGAUCAUGCGAGAACGGGACGCAAACCCAGGCUACAGCACCGGCCGCCGCCGCCCCGCCGCCCCGCCCAGCCUGUCGCACGUGCACUCCCGCGAACCCGAGGCCGACUCACGCCAAGCCGAUAACGAGGUGCGCGAGCAGGAGACCAGCGCAGGAGACGACGACAACCACGACGGCGACGAUGACCUCGACGAGGACGAGGAGCUUGACCUCGAGGAUCACCUCGACUGCGACUCCGAUAGCGACAUCAGCGAAGCCGAGAGCUUCACCCUCAAGGACCGCCAGCAGGCCAUCAACCAGACCCACCCCUUUGGUAUCCGCGUCUGGAAGCCUGCACUCUACAAGAAGGACCGCUCCAUCCAGGCGUCUGCCCAGGCUGACAUCCACUCCUCCCCCGGCGGCCACGUGAGCAACUGGCUCCUCCUCUUCAACCUCGUCUGGUCCCUCGUUUUUGGCUGGUGGAUGGCCCUGCUGGCCGCCAUCGGCGCCGUCGUCUGUCUCCUCUUCGCCGCCUCCCCGAGCGGGAGGGAGUACGGCCGCGUCCUCUGGGGCCUGGCCACGUACCUCCUGUAUCCCUUCGGCAGGCUCGUCCGCCUCGAGCUGGACGAGGCUUACCUGGACGAGGACCGCGACCAGGGCCGGAGCGUUUCCGAGUACGAGCAGUGGCAGCAGGGCGACCUCGAGUACGGCCGCCUCUUCUUCGGCCCCGACAACAGUGCCCCGACCCAACGCUCCAUCGUGGGACGGUCCCGGAGGAGCAUCGACUCUGAUGCCAGCGAGACGGACGGCCUGCUCGGCCGGACGUGGCGCGGCCAGAGCGGAGGAUCCGACGAGGGCCCCAAGACGAAGCGCCGCCUCUUUGGCCGCGGCGAGUGGAACGUUGGCCGUGUCAUCUUCUUUGUCUUCUUCUAUUUCCUCAUCACGCCUUCGCUGCUCGUCGUGUCCGUCAUCUGCUGGUUCCUCGUCUUCUGGAUCCCCAUGGGCAAGCUGACCAUGCUGCUGUUCGACCACCUCCGUCGCCACCCGCUGGCCCUGUCCUUCGAGACCGACGCCGGCUACCCGCGCUCCCGCCACGCCCCCGACUCGACCAUCCUGCUGUGCACGUACCGCGCCGUGGGCUCCAAGUACUGGAAGUACACGAUUGACGGCACCAACAUCUUCCUCAUCAACCUCAUGGCCGUCGUCAUCUUUGUCAUCUUCGACUGGCUCGUCCUGGACAGGCUGCUGGACGUUGACAGCCCCGUCACGUCGCCGGCCUUCCUCUUCUGCGGCGGCCUGCUGUCCAUCAUCCCGCUGGCCUACUUCAUCGGACAGGCCGUCGCGUCCAUCUCGGCCCAGUCGUCCAUGGGUCUCGGUGCCGCCAUCAACGCCUUCUUCGCCACCAUCGUCGAGGUCUUCCUGUACUGCGUCGCCCUGACCCAGGGCAAGGCGCCCCUCGUCGAGGGCAGCAUCAUCGGCAGCAUCUUUGCCGGCGUCCUCCUCCUCCCGGGCAUCUCCAUGUGCUUCGGCGCCCUCAAGCGCAAGACGCAGCGCUUCAACGCCAGGUCGGCCGGUGUCACGUCGACCAUGCUGCUCUUUGCCGCCGUCGGUGCCUUCAGCCCGACGCUCUUCUACCAGAUCUACGGGACCCACGAGCUCAACUGCCUCGACUGCGACGACUACCCGGUGGACGACGUCGACACGGGCCGGGGCGGUGCCAGGGACUGCCGCCGCUGCUACUUCUCUCAGGAGCCGGCCCUCAACGACAGGUUCUACCUGGAGGCCGUCAGGCCGUACUGCUUCUUGGCCGCCACCAUGCUGUUCCUGUCGUACCUGAUCGGCCUCUGGUUCACCCUGCGCACCCACGCGGCCGUCAUCUGGAACGCCGAGGUCGAGGAGAAGCGCCACGAGGAGCACCUGCAGCAUCAUAGCCAUCAUCAUCAGCAGCAGCAGCCGCAGCAGCACGCCCAGGCGGCCGUGGCCCGCUUGCCGGGUCCAGCUGGCCAGCCGUCCCACCAGGCCCAGACCCCGGCCGGGGCCGCGGGCGAGAGCACCGGCAGCGACAUCCGCGACUCCAACGUGUACAGACGCAUCCUGGGCUACUCCCUCAAGCAGGCCGGCCUACCCCACUCGUCGGCCGAAGCAGUCGCCGCCCGCGCCGCCGCCGGGAGCCAAGACCCCAACGGCGGUGCCCCGAUCCCGACGCCCCACGUCGUCCCGCCCAAGGAUGGCGACGAGGCCGCUACCGCGACGGCGGCCCGGUCCAAGUACCAAGUCCCCGGUCUCAGCGAGGCUGAGAGCUCGAGCCUGAUCCGGCAGUUCACCGAGAUUGCUGCCACGGCAGCCACCUACGUCUCGCGCGAGCAGCGCGAGCAGCGCACGGCCCGCAAGCCAUCCAACGUGCACCAGGCACCCCUCGCGUCUUCCAACAGGGCCCCGUCCAAGGCCGGCGCCAACGAGGAGAACGAGUCUUCGGCUGCGGAGGUGACGGCCGCCGCUCAGGGCGGCGGUCACGGCGGACACGACGCGCCCAACUGGAGUCGCACCAAGAGCUCGGUCAUCCUGCUGGGUGCCACGAUCUUGUACGCCAUCAUCGCCGAGAUCCUGGUGGACACUGUGGACGUCGUUCUGGAGAGCGUGGCGAUUGAUCAGAAGUUUUUGGGCAUCACGCUCUUUGCGCUUGUGCCUAAUACUACAGAGUUUUUGAACGCCAUCUCGUUCGCGAUGAACGGCAACAUUGCCCUAUCGAUGGAGAUCGGAUCGGCCUACGCGCUGCAGGUGUGCCUCCUCCAGAUCCCGUGCCUGGUCCUCUUCACGGCGCUGUACACGGGCAUCCCGGCGGGCGCGGACGUGGGCAUGUACUCGUUCACGCUGCUCUUCCCGCAGUGGGACAUGGUGACGACGAUCCUGUGCGUCUUCCUGCUCAGCUACGUGUACAGCGAGGGGAAGAGCAACUACUUCAAGGGGAGCAUCCUCGUCCUGACGUACCUCGUCGUCAUCAUCGGCUUCUGGUUCAGCGGGUACAUGUCCGACGCCAUGGGGGUGGAGAGGUUCGACGUCAUGGGCGCGGACGGACGAUAUAUCGCUGCUGGGAGGCAGGAUUUCAGGACGAUCGGUAGGGGGACGUCUGGGCGGGCGUUUUCUGUUUGA